AAGAGUACUCGCUUGCAUCCCAGGUCCAAGAACUUUAACAGUCAUGGCCCACCAGUUUCACCAUUAGUAACACCAAAGGUUCUUUCAGGACUUUGCGAAACCUCUAUCCACCUCUGCAUGCAUAUGUCCAGUAUAUGACGCCCCGGCAGCAUGUCGAGCUGCUGCAUAUACCGAACAAGAAAUACAGCGCUACAGCGCUUCUUGAUGCUGCAGCUAAAGGCACAGCUAAUAUCGUUCGUUUUUGGAGUGUUCUCCUCCAGCACAGAAGCAUGCACAGAUCGGUGUGCUGACCUCUCAUCAACUGUUCUCGAAGCUUUACAGAUACCUAAUUUCUCUUAUAAGCACUGGCACGACCGGCUGGAUUUCACGCCGUAUCUUAUUGCAGGAGAAGUAAAUCAUACUGGCCGGUAUCUAGGGAUGCCAUAAACUCGGAUGAGCUCAUUGCAGCAGGCAAGUUCCGAGUCGACGAACUUGCUUAGCUGCUAACCUAUCCCACUUCUCUGUGUCG